AUAUUUCCUCUAGCAGACAUUAUGUUAUGCGCCGACCCUCCAGAGGUUAAAAAUGAAUGUCAGUCGUCAUGUCACUGUGAAGAUCUUGUACAAUCUGCCGAGACCUUGGGUACAGAAACAAACCUGGGGUCACCGAUCACACUAGAAGGAUACUACAAUGAUCGUGGCGAAUUUCAAUCAAUGGGCCAAGAGACGGAUGAACUGACUAGCUGCAUUUCUGGCGAUGAAAGCGAAAGUCCGGAUGCCCAGGAGCUUUUAUUUCAGAUGAUGGCAGAAUUGCAGAGAAUACAAGGGGUGCUGGAACCCGAAGCCUGCACAGAUUUCAAUCCGACGGACAGUCCUGGCCGCGCGGGUUGUAAGCCGGAUGAACAUGUGCGCGCAAGAUAUAAUGAUGAUCAUGAUGAUGUCGUUCUGAUGGAUGUUGAUGAGCAGGUAGAUUUGGAAGAGGUUAACCUUCCACCUUCGUCGACGAAAGCAAAGCGGGGCCGUCAGCUAUCAUCCACCCCUAAGUCUUCACAAAAUCACCGCCGAAUGAUGGAGGCGGCUUCCAAAAAGAAAAACGUUCUGGAAGCCAUGUACAAAGAGAGAAGCAAAUGCCAAAUAAUAGAGAAAGAGCUCCAAGCCGUCACAUCCAAAGUAGCUAUUCGCGCAGACAUACUACAGUGUGUAGGCGAUGUAUGGUCACGAUCUCUAGAAGAAAUGAAACUAGAAAAAGCACAAUUAUCUACUCGUAUCGAACAAAUCCGGCACAACGUGCAAAAACUUUGGCAAUAUGUUCAAGCUCCAAAGCCGGGAAAUGCUUACAUUAGCUCGCUAAAGCAGCUUAUGGAAACGAUUGAGGCAGGCAUCCUCGUAUUCAAGAAUACUGAACGAGAAAGAUACGAGCAGGUGUUACAGCAGGAAAAAAAGCUGACACAGGAGUUAGCAUGCGCGGAAGACCAUAUCAACUCAUGGGGCCAACAGCAAGACGAAUCAGCAACAAUUACGCAAGGGAAGGAUGGCAGAUCUCAACCCAAACGUGCGGCGGCUAACAAUGUGCACACCGAAGGCACUUUACUCCCUGAGGCGAUCGCUUAUCAGAACUUUCUUGCGCGACACGGUGGCCCUUAUGGAGGAUGGGAGGAUGUUACUCACAAUGCAUUUGUGAAAUUGCGACAAAAGCACUUUUCAAACACCAAUGCCUUCCUUCAAGCCUGCGUUUCGAAACUGCCGGGCAUAACGAUUGAGAUGGCUUCGGCUCAUGAAGCUUGGUACGAAAGCUUUCUCCGAGUCAGCGAGGAAAGGAAGAUGGCCAUCGCCAGGUGGAAGCAAAGUAAAGCGGUAUCAGCCGAGAAAAACGUCCAAAUGAAGGCGGAAACAGAGUCUGGAAAGAAGGAACGUACAAAAGGCGACACACAGAGAAAUCGCGCAAUGCGAGACAGGCAAAAGGAGAUUCUUGCGUGCUGGAAGAGCCAAAAACAGGCCGAAAAAGAGGAGGCUGAGCGAAUAAAACAAGAAGAGCUACAACGAGCAAAGGAAGAGCAGAAGAGAUGGCGUGAGGAACAGCGAAACUUGCGUGAUCGGGUGUCUAUCUAUGUGCAAAAACGCAGUGAAACUCGAAGCCUUCAACAAAAGCUAGACGAGGAAGCUGAAAGACAGAAAAAGAAGUUCACCUCCUUAUUAGUUGCGGAGGAAGCUAAACGACUGGCCCAAAAGAAUGCAGAACUUUUGCAACAGCGACGUGAAGCGGUCACCGCGAGAGUAAAGAAGGAAGAAGAGAGGACUAAACGCUUGGAGAGACUUCGAGAACAGGUUGCUGUCGACGUACCGCGAGACCCUUCACGCAUUCUUCGACCAACCGAAGCAUUCCAAAACAAGGUCGAGGGACCCCAUGAGGAUGCGACUGAAAAGGUCAAGGAUCACUUCAAACCGGUUAUACUACCUAGAAGACAUAUCCCAGAUUGGAGGCGAGGAUUGUAAAUAAGACGAAGGCUAUGUAGAUACAUGUGUGAAUUUAAGAAUCCAUAGUUUCCUAAUUACUCUCCGCAUAUACGAGCGUAGGCUACUGCACAGCCAUCUGCUCCACUCCAC